CCGGGUUGUGGCGAUGAUAUGGCUGCAGCUUGGUGGGUGGAGCUAUAGUGUUGUUGUAUAUCGCGUCUGCAUACUGUCGUCAUGGGACUGACAUCAUCGAUUAGUUCCGCCCUAAACACUGCCCCUCAAUAAAAUUAGGCACGUGACGCGAUGGAGUCUCAUUUCAGUUUGACGUCAGCAGUAGCAUAUUUAUCGUUUUCGUAACCAGUUCAUACGCACGUACAUCAAAAAAAAGUGUUUGAAAAUGGAGUCCGUGCGAAUGUCUCAAUGCACUCAUGACAUAAGCACGAGACAUCCUGGUAUCCGAUUUGGACUGUACCACGUGCGUGCGUGUUCAAGGAAUCGGCGCAUCCGGGAGGAUCAUGGUUCGGCCAAAGAAAAAGAGUAAGAGAGUACCGGCCAGGAAACGAUACAAAAUAGAAAAGAAGGUUAGAGAACAUAACAGAAAAGAGAGGAAGCGCUCUAAAUCUAAGACAGGAAAGACAAAGAAAGAUCCCGGAAUACCAAAUCUAUUCCCGUUCAAAGACCAAAUACUGAAACAAGCGGAAGAAAAGAAGAGACGGCUGGAAGAAGUGAAACAACGACAGAAAGAGCAGAGAAAGAAGGAGCAUGCAAAGAGACGUAAACUCGGUAGUCUACAGAACUUGCAGAAAGAUGCAGCUCGUCGUUCUGCAGACUUUGAGAAAAAGAUGACAUCGUCAAGUAGUCCCCAAAUGUACUCAUUGCCUGCAGCUGGUAGUAAUACAACUGAUGGUUCAAGACACGCUUACGUGAAGGAGUUCAAGAAGGUGGUUGAUGCGGCUGAUGUCAUUUUGGAAGUUUUAGAUGCCAGAGACCCUUUGGGAUGCCGCUGCCCACAAGUAGAGGAAGCUGUAUUUGCAUCUGGACCCAACAAACGGCUUGUCCUACUUUUGAACAAAAUAGACCUUGUGCCUUCUGAUAAUGUAAAGGACUGGCUCAAGUACUUGAGACAUGAAUAUCCCACUGUCGCAUUCAAGGCAUCAACUCAACAACAACGUCAGAACUUGAGUCAAAGUAAGGUAUCGACAAGCUUGGCUUCUUCUGAUUUGCUGGCAAGCAGUCGAUGCCUUGGUGCUGACACACUGAUGAAGCUUCUGAGCAAUUACUGUCGCAAUGCUGGAGUGAAGACUGCUAUCCGUGUAGGCAUAGUUGGCUUUCCGAAUGUUGGAAAGAGCAGUGUUAUCAAUAGUCUAAAGAGAUCGAGGGCAUGCAUGGUUGGUGCCAUUCCUGGAGUUACCAAAGCUAUGCAGGAGGUGCAUCUGGAUAAGCAUGUCAAAUUAUUGGAUUGUCCUGGUAUAGUGAUGGCAUCUGGUAAGGGACUGGAUCAAGCCACAGCAGUCUUAAGGAACUGUAUAAAGGUGGAAGAUGUAGUCGAUCCUGUGUCUCCUGUAGAAGUGAUCAUACAGAGAUGCCAGAGGGAUCAGGUGAUGGAGCAGUAUGGUAUACCCGAAUAUGGAGAUGUCGGCGAGUUUCUUUCGCAUUUGGCUUUGCGGAAGGGAAAACUAAGAAAAGGAGGAAUUCCUGAUAUGGCUGCAGCAGCCAGGAGUUUACUUCAAGACUGGAAUAGUGGGCGUUUCCGAUUCUACACCCACCCACCUGAGACACAAGUGGAGGUGUCAGCAAGAGUUGUUGCUGAAUGGGGAAAGUGUUUUGACAUGGCUUCUUUAGAAAUGGAGGAGCAGGAGAUGGUCUUAGGAGAUAUUGAACAAAGUGGUGAAAGUACAGGGCUACUUAUGGAAUCAGGUCAUGCUUUAGAAGCUGCCUCACCAGAUGCAGUCAACUCAGAGGAAAUGGUGGUCAAAAGUGAUUCUGAUUCUGCACCAGAGCUAAUUGAUUUAUCUCAGGUAAACAUGGUGGUAGCAAUAAGAGAUGUAAAACGCAAGGCCCCCAGUGCUAGUAGGAAACGCGUACAAUACGGCAUGUCCAAGGAAGCACUGAAUCCCCAAACAAACAAAUUGGUGAAGGAGGCGCUGAAGGCCCGGAAGAGACGGAACAAGAAAUUCCAAAGAGUGGUUGAUGACCUGGAGGUCGGUACAAGUGGAUUGUCAUUGAGUUCACCGACAGCGGCACGGACAGAUAGUGAUUCUGACUAUGAUUUUGAGAAAGAUUUUCAACUGUAAUUUGUUAGGUUCAUGCGUGCGUAUGAUACUAGACCAAACAACAUGAAACCAACUGAAACCUUUGAAAUAUAAUUAUGUGACCAAACUA